GUCACUUCCGGGGCAUGACCGAGAAGCUGUGAAGGAAGUGACGUAGGGCACGGGCCGGUGGCGUGAUGGAGCAGCAGCAGCAGCAGCAGCAGCAGCAGCAGCUCAGAAACCUGCGGGACUUCCUGUUGGUCUACAAUCGGAUGACGGAACUCUGCUUCCAGCGCUGCGUGCCCAGCCUGCACCACCGAGCUCUGGAUGCUGAGGAGGAGGCCUGUCUGCACAGCUGUGCUGGGAAGCUGAUCCAUUCCAAUCACCGCCUCAUGGCCGCUUACGUGCAGCUCAUGCCUGCCCUGGUACAGCGCCGCAUCGCAGACUACGAGGCUGCCUCAUCUGUGCCAGGUGUUGCUGCUGAACAGCCCGAAACCUCGCCAUCAGGGAGCUAGCCGUCCCCAACCCCGGGAAGGGAGGCACUGGAUGGACCCUCAAAUUUAAGGAGCCAGUGGACCUUGGGCUGGGUGCAACCUGUAUAUAGUAAGUGAGGAGUUGCCUGAGAGCUGGGUACUGUUGCUCCUUUUCCUGGAGCUAAUAAACCCACUUUUACUUUGUUUGGUUUA